UCUUGCAGCACAAUGGUUGCAAGACGGUGAGCCGAGGGUGAUUCAGCAUCGCAAUUUCUGCUUUAACCUCCUUUAUUUUAACCAUCGGUUGUUAAUUUUUUACGUCUUCACAUUCGAGUAUCUUUGCGAUACGAAGCUUUUGAAUCUCGCUCGUCGGAAUGUUUUGAACAGGACUGUCACCGGACUAGGAUUGUCGUCAACUGGCACGGAAUGGUAUUUAUGAGCCGACAUUUCUUAUAUUACUGCAGUGAACCGAUCCUGGAUGUGAAGAUUGCCUUUUGUCAGGUGUGUGUUCCUUACAGGUAAAAAAGGGAUUUGGUAAACAAGUGGAUGUGUCGUAUAUUGCCAAGCAUUACAACAUGAGCAAAAGCAAAGUGGAUAACCAGUUCUACAGUGUGGAAGUGGGAGAUUCCACCUUCACAGUCCUCAAACGGUACCAGAAUCUAAAGCCGAUUGGUUCCGGGGCUCAGGGAAUAGUUUGUGCUGGCUAUGACGCUGUCCUGGACAGAAAUGUGGCCAUCAAGAAGCUCAGCAGACCCUUUCAGAACCAGACACACGCCAAACGUGCUUACAGGGAGCUGGUUCUCAUGAAAUGUGUCAAUCACAAAAAUAUAAUCAGCUUAUUAAAUGUUUUUACACCACAGAAAUCUUUAGAGGAAUUCCAGGAUGUGUAUCUGGUCAUGGAGCUGAUGGACGCUAACCUCUGUCAGGUCAUUCAGAUGGAGCUGGAUCAUGAGCGGAUGUCCUACCUGCUGUACCAGAUGCUGUGUGGCAUCAAGCACCUGCACUCUGCAGGCAUCAUCCACAGAGACCUGAAACCCAGCAAUAUAGUGGUGAAGUCUGACUGUACCCUGAAGAUCCUGGACUUCGGUCUGGCCCGGACAGCUGGCACAAGCUUCAUGAUGACCCCCUACGUGGUGACUCGGUAUUACCGGGCCCCCGAGGUCAUCCUGGGCAUGGGCUACAAGGAGAACGUGGAUAUAUGGUCAGUGGGAUGCAUUAUGGGAGAAAUGGUCCGCCACAAAAUCCUGUUUCCAGGAAGGGACUAUAUUGACCAGUGGAACAAGGUGAUUGAGCAGCUGGGCACGCCCUCCCCAGAGUUCAUGAAGAAGCUGCAGCCCACGGUGCGUAACUACGUGGAGAACCGGCCCAAGUACGCCGGCCUGACCUUCCCCAAGCUCUUCCCCGACUGCCUGUUCCCCGCAGACUCGGAGCACAACAAGCUGAAAGCCAGCCAAGCCAGAGAUCUCUUGUCAAAGAUGCUGAUUAUUGAUCCCGCCAAGCGGAUAUCUGUGGACGAAGCCUUGCAGCACCCCUACAUCAAUGUGUGGUACGACCCAGCCGAAGUGGAGGCGGCCAGAGAUCUCGUCCAAAUAUCCAUGCCUCCGCCACAGAUCUACGACAAACAGUUGGAUGAGAGGGAACACUCUAUUGACGAGUGGAAAGAGCUAAUCUACAAAGAAGUGAUGAACUUUGAGGAGAAAACGAAAAAUGGCGUGGUGAAGGGACAGCCCUCUCCUUCAGGUGCAGCCGUGAACAGCAGCGAGAGCCUCCCUCCGUCCUCCUCCGUCAACGACAUCUCCUCCAUGUCCACCGACCAGACCCUGGCCUCCGACACCGACAGCAGCCUGGAGACUUCUGCAGGACCGCUCGGGUGUUGCAGGCAUGCUGCGGUGAAAAAGGCGCACAGCAAGCGCAGAGAUGACAAACGCUGACCUCAUUGCCAGACACACUGGAUUCCGCAGGUUACAGCGAAGCUUCUGCCACAUAUUCUCGCUCGACGACGUUUUUUUUGUUCGUAUCAUUUGUUUGUUUUAUAGAAUGGGGAAACGAUUACAGUACACAGACUACCUAAAAUCAGAAGAACAGAUGGUUUCAUAGUUGGAUUUAUUUCUUUACUUGCUUUAAGAAUAAAGUACAUUUGGCAAGUGCCUUUAAAAUAGUUCUGAUCCCAAACCGCUCGGCAUGAAUCAACAGAAAACAUCCAUAUCAGACAUCCAUAUCAUCCAGUAUGAACAGUAAACGUCAGACGGUUACUGGGUCUGUAGCUCUAGUGGACCUGGUAUCGGUACAGUCAGAGGGCCAUUGCAGUCACAUCCUGGGUCUCGUGGAGCCUGCCAGUGCAUCAGAGCCUGUUCACCUGUCAAUCAACCAUUCCCCCAUCACAUUUCAUAAUGUUGUACCUUCAUCUAUAAUCACUCUAUUAGAAUAAUUCAUACUGUUGACUUGACCUUCAAAUAACCAUUAUUUUCACGUGUAUGGUGACAGUUAUCAUCUAGAUGUAUUGCAAUUUUCAAAAUUUCAGCUAAUCAUCAUAUUCUAGGUUAGUUGUUUUGUUUUUACUUGCAUUUGUAAUUGAUUCUGGGUCAUUGUUUUAUGAGUGCUUAUUCAACUAAAAAGCGGUUACUUUCACAGGAUGAUUAUUUGUGAUUUAUUACGUUUGACUCAUUCAUAACGGUUUAUUAUGCAUUUCUGUUCUAAACAAUUCAAUUGGGGAAGACACAAAGCGUAAGGAAAUUUGACAGGCUUGCGGAAUGUUUCAGAAAUUCCUUCUUUAAGCAAUUGAUUCUGUUUAGGCUGCAAGACAUCACUGUCAUUGUACCGUUUGUAUGCCGAAAUGUUUAAUGUCAGACGAAGACUAUUGUUAUAACUUUGUAAACGUCUGCGACAUUCGUUUUGUGGUUUAAAUCACAGAGCAUUUUCAUUCUGAAUUUCCUCGAGCCCCAGGACAGUGCCAUGGCACAGAUUUAGCAAUGGAAUGUGCUCCUUAGCUUGAAGCAAUCUUUGUGAGGUCACGUCCGCUCUCCCUGGUUGUAGACAUAGUGUAGUGUUUGCUUAGAGUCGUGUGCAGUGCAAGGCCUACGCGUUCAGAGGGCAACCAGUCUGAGAACUAACAGGUCACAGGGUUUCAAUUCAUCCGCCAUUCCAUUCAUUCACGAUGAAGUUAGUGAGGAUAUGUAUCUGUCUUUGUUCCAAGCUUGCCGUUAAGAAAGAAUAUUAAAUGACCAGUGAACUUGAGCGGCAAGUCCAUCCCAGUUUCUCUGUGCAAAGUCGUUUGAUAUCGGGAACAUUAUAUUACAUUUUUAGUUUCAUCUUGUCAAGUCUGAACUCAAUUAAAUGAAUUGUAUGUGAGCCAGACUUUCUUCACAGUGGUUGGAAUGCCAAUGCAGAAAUGAACUCAAUAAAAUCUUGUCCAGCAGAUGCAGAAUUUGAAAGGAUAUGCCAUAUACCUCUAAUUUGUCUAAAUUAUAAUCAAUCAUGGGGGUUGAAUCGAAAGACAAAAGCAACUUAAUGAAUAAUUAAAAGGAAUGAUAUCCGCUAAAUGUUGUCCAUACACACCCACAUCCACACUAAUUCUGAGCUACCAGAUCUAUUUAUAAUAUAAAACAGAAAGUGUAUGAAGGUUGGCUUUUUAAUUAUUCAUUUGACGAGAAAUACUGCAACGGAUUAAUUCCACUUCUUUCUUGGAAGUCACAGCACCUCUGAUGAACAUAGCUUGUUUGACUUGAACAUAUUGCAUGAAAGCGCUCUUUUUAUUUAGCUGAGGUCAUAGAAAACAACAUGACCCAGCGUAAUUAUAAUGCCUUCAUCAGAGGAAGUUUAUGAAGCUCUGUUCUCCAUAGUUUUAAGUAAACUAGCUUGCAAUUUCUUCUGCAAAAUAGAUGCAGAUAGUGCUUAAAGAAUAUUGAACUGAGGUGCAUACCGAACACAUUCUGAACUUAAUGUAAUAUGAAUAUGUAUCGCCCAUAAGAAAAGAUUCAUAUGCCCCCACUGGCAGUUUUAGAACCUUUAUUUUUCAUGUUUCAUAUGCAUGAUUGUAUCUUACCUAACGAAUGUUUUGUGCACCUGUAAUUAUUUUAAGAGGCCACAUAAUGAGUGAUUAUUUUGAUGCAACCCUAAAAUGGUUCUAUUUUAGCUCUCUUCCUCACAGUCAUGCAUUAAACAUUAGUUCAUCGAAUGAUAGCAGUCCCUUAAAGUGUCAGCAAUGGCGUUUAACACGUAUGUUAUAAUCUGAAGUGGGAUGACAGCUUUCAUAUCACAGACUUAAGAAACCAUGGUGAGAAACAAACUGGUGUUUUUUAAUAAUAAGUUUCCGGAAUGUCGUAACUGGUCUCUAGUGGCAUGAGUGAGACCAAAUCCAUGAAACACCAUUAGUUUCAUUAUUAAAGAGGUGCACCUUUCUACAGAGUUAUCCACUUCCUCAUCCAAGUAACGUGCAUUCAGGUCAUUGGUACUGUAUUGUGUUGGUUCUGUAGAAUAUGAGAAAGCUGUUUGGACUAAGCUCGGAGGAGGUCUAUUAAACAGUAUAUAGUGUAAAAAUUGGGUAAAAACCAUAGAACUGCUCAGGUAGAUGUUUCCGAUUCAUAUUCAUCUGUCUAGUUUUACAGUUCACAGUUUAAGCAAACCAACUCUCUGGACUUGUGAUCCGAUUAACUUCAAAGAGGAUAACCAAGCCAUUGCUAUUGCAUGGAAAAUAGCUGCAGCCUAACUGUAGAUAGUAUUUUCAUAAUUCAGACACGGUAUAGUCAUAAGGGUAAUAUCGACAAAACAUUUCAUUGAUACCUUUUGAACACUUUGGCUCAAGUUUGUCACAUGGUCAGUGUGUUCACAGAACGCACAGGUUCCCUCAGACGUAGCAGAAAGCUGCCAGGCCUAUCAGUGCAGGGACUGGGAGAGAUUUAAAAAGGAUUCAGAUUGUUUUCGUGCCGAUCAUUCAAACUUGCCAUCAUUGAUCUGCAUUGGAAAAAAUAGCCUCUACUUCAAAUCAAACAAGGGUCUGUGACAGAGUUUGAUGUGUUGUACAUUUUAUACAGGACAUUUUUAACCAGUAGAACCCAUGUGGCUUUGGGCCGGCAUGCAAGAUUUAUUCUGCAAUAGAACUUUAUGGACAUUUAAGUUGCUCAACAGCAGAACCACAGUCAUACAGGGAUGGUUAGAAAUGCAGUAGCUAUAAAGGUUUUUUAAAACUUUUCUAAGAAUCAUAGCCUGUCAGUGAAACAAACAUGUUCCCUUAACCAUUUUUUUCGGAACAUCAAUUACGGUGCUGUGGGGGUAUUUUCUACAGUCUUUAUUCUCUCCACAGAAAUGUACUGCAGACUCGUCAUAUCUGCUGUGGAGACCAUAUGAAUAUAAAUCAGCAUUCUUAACUGACAUCCUGAGAAGCUAAAUUUGAUUUGUGGGGCACAGGAAGCAGGUAGCUUAAGGUAAUCAUUUGUAAACCCAUUGCUGUAUUACAUUACUUCAUUUUAGUUUUGUCUGUUGUUUUUAGUGCGCGCCGAGGGGCACACAGCCAGAUCUGGUAUGCUCUAUUGAUUUGAGGGAGUCCAUUUUAGAAUAUUCUCUGGGGUUAACAUGUUAUUUCAUCUCGGUGUGUGAUUGGCUAAAAUAGGACGAGUCCAGCUAUGUCAGCUGGGUUAGAAAAGUGCAUCAUUUUCACUUUCAAACUAGAUUUAGAAGCAUACAGUAUAUAUUUUCCAAGUCGCAGAUGAAAAUAAAAUGGGUAAAACAGGAAGCCUUAUUUUAAUCAUAAAUCACUGUCUGCCUUGUGUUCUUUCCUUGUCUGUGAAUAAAUUGCAGUCAAUUGUAAUUUCAUUAUUGAUAAACAUCACAAGUGCAGUAGGCAUACAUUUUUGAGACAAGCAAUUCAAACAAUAAUACUUAAGAAAGGCUUUCCUUUGCUUAAUACUGGCUUACAACAUUGCUGUUGUACUGUCAAAGGAGCAUCUUUCUCAAUCAUAUCUGCCCAUACAGACAAUAUCACCUUAGACAUCCUUGCCAAACAUUUGAUUAAUUGUGAAGGAGGCCAUUCAACACACAACAUACCAGCAGUGCAAGAAAUGUAUCUCGCUGUCUAUCUCUCUCUCUAUCCCUCUCUCUCUCGCUCCCCCCCCUCUCUCUCUC